AUGUUUACUGUUCGGUGGCCAUCACUGCCUUCGCUUGGCCUGUUCUCGUCCACGCCAACUCAGGCGAUCGAUCUGCCCCCUGUCCACGUCCAUGAAACCGAGACAGCUGAAGACAAGGCAGCUCGGGCAUUCAAGCACCUACUAAAAUUGAACCAUGUCGAGAACUCGCUCUUCGACCGUCGGAACUUCCCUAAUCAGUUAAUACAUCUCUUGAGCUCCUCCUUUCUGCAAGGCGCAGAUGCCGAUACUUUAGGCUGCCUAUACGAGCAUGAAGUGUCUGGUCUAGUCAAAUGGAAGGAUUCACCGGCAGAAAUUACUACCCUUGAUUGGCGAGGUCAUUUGGGACGGCGAGGAUUUGAUCGAGCCUUUGUGGAUUUUUUUGAAGAUGAAGUCGUUCACCGCAGCUAUGACUGGAAGGAAGUUGUGGCCGAAUACUUGUAUACUGGCAAAGAGCCCAUGUUUGAUUCUAUAAUGGCUUCUCUUGGAUUGCCAUUGAUUCAUCUUGCAUACGCCUUUGAAAUGGACAGUCGUGAAGUUGCAAUGGAGGCACUCGGCCUUGCAGCAACCUGUCACAACGACAUAUACAAGUCCCUGGAGGACCCUAAACUCUCGAAAAAUGAGGUACAAUAUGAAUCAAAGUCACUCUUUGAAAUAUUUGACAUGGUCCGGAAAGAUAAGGACUUAGAUGGCCUCUUUUCCACUCCCGGCGACGACAACCUCAAUACCCUUUUUGUCAGCCACAACGCCGUGCUUCUCAAGCACUGGAAAGCAUGGAAGAUCGACAAUCCAAUUGAACAGUUCCGCGAGAGCCAAGAGCUUGCAGCUGCAUUGCUAGUUGGGACAGCAGAUUCGGCCGGGAAUUACGAUUGGUUCUUCGCUAUGAACCUCGCAACCAGCCACGCGGUCCGUGUCAUGUUGCCUUUAAUUCCUCCCCAGUUUCAAAUCUCUCUUCUUCGCCAAUGGUGGUUGAUCUGUGUGGGCAUCUACGUCGCGCAACUGCGGCCCGAGAUCAAAAUGGACCAAAUCCGGAAUUAUGACUUGAAUGGAAAGGACUGGAAAUGGGUUGCCGAGAAAGCUGUCAAGGGUGAAUUUUCAUCCGAUGUGUACUUUGUCAAGACCACUCGAGCACUGAAGGAACUGGCCUCGACUUGGGGCGAUUCUGAUAGCUUCUUCUUGAAGGCUGCUGUGCGAUUUGCGACUGAGUUCAAGUGUUGGGGAGGGAAUUUUGUCGGAUAUGAUCUGUAG